ACGAAACAUCUACGAUUCCAGACUGUCUGAUAACGCAGGGGUGUGUGUGUGUGUGUGAUGGUGUGUGCGCGAAAAAGCUUAACAAACUGGCAAUGUUAAGGCAGAAAAGACUUAAGAGCUUGUCUGCAGUCUGAGCGGAUUACCGCGGAAGCUCCGUUCACUUACACGGGGCAGGAGGGGAACAAACGGCAGUCUGUUGUAGAGACACAAUCCUGGGCAAACCUUUGGGCGAACUUUUGGUAACCUGAUUCAGAGCUAAACAUUACGAAAAUAUUAAAUUAUUAUUUAACUGAGUUUCUAAUUGUAAAUUGGGUGAAAAUGGAGAUGAGCUCGUGGACGCUGCUGUUCUUGUUACUCGUUGUUUCACCACGGGGAAACGCCGCAGGUGAAUGUCAGCAACCUAACCUGCCAAAUGAGUUGGUGUUAUCAGACUCUGCUCUUCUGCAAAAUAAUUUUCCUGAUGGAUCUGAAAUCACUCUGGAGUGUGCUAAUGGCCAUAAAGUGGAUAAAGGCUCUAAUGUUAUCCGAUGUCUCAAUGGAGAAUGGAGCAAAGAGGAGCUGAUCUGUAAAAAAAAAGACUGUGGAAAUCCUCGACAAGUUCAGCAUGUGAAAUAUGAAAUCAAAAGUGGAACAUUGUUUGGUUCAUACAUCAGACCAUUUUGUGAUCCUGGAUAUAACUUUCAGGGUUCCAGCCGUAGACAGUGUCUUUCACAUGGCUGGACUGGAAGUGCAGCGUGUUUGGUGGUAACCUGUGGAACCCUUCCUGUUAUUCCUCAUUCUACUAUACUCAGUCAGCCGAACAAAACAAAAAUUGAAUAUAAUGAUGUCAUUCAAUAUGGCUGUGAGAAAAAAUACUCACUUGUAGGCAACAGCUCUGUUGUUUGUCAAGAAAAUAGGAAAUACAGCUCACUUCCACAGUGCAAAGCCGAUUGUGCUGAACCUGUCCUGAAGGGUUCAAUGGUGUUAAAAAAAACAAAUUCUACUCUGAAUAAUGCGUUUCCUCAUGGAUCUGAAGUCACUCUGGAGUGUGCUGCUGGCCAUGUGAAGUAUCAGGGCUCUGACGUCAUCACAUGUAACAAUGGUGAAUGGAACAAACAAGAGCUGAGCUGUAAAGCGAUUAACUGCGGGAAGCCUCCUGAAAUUCCUCACUCGAUCAAACACAGUAAUCUGACCAAGGAAAACCUGGAAUAUAAAGAUGAAAUUGAAUACAGCUGUGAGGCAGAAUACACUCUUGUAGGCAACAAAUUUGUUGUUUGUCAGAAAGAUGGGAAAUACAGUUCACUUCCACAAUGCAAAGCGAUUAACUGCGGGAAGCCUCCUGAAAUUCCUCAUUCGAUCAAACACAGUAAUCUGACCAAGGAAAUCCUGGAAUAUAAAGAUGAAAUUGAAUACAGCUGUGAGGCAGAAUACACUCUUGUAGGCAACAAAUUUGUUGUUUGUCAGAAAGAUGGGAAAUACAGUUCACUUCCACAAUGCAAAGCGAUUAACUGCGGGAAGCCUCCUGAAAUUCCUCAUUCGAUCAAACACAGUAAUCUGACCAAGGAAAUCCUGGAAUAUAAAGAUGAAAUUGAAUACAGCUGUGAGGCAGAAUACACUCUUGUAGGCAACAAAUUUGUUGUUUGUCAGAAAGAUGGGAAAUACAGUUCACUUCCACAAUGCAAAGCGAUUAACUGUGGGGAGCCUCCUGAAAUUCCUCAUUCGAUCAAACACAGUAAUCUGACCAAGGAAAUCCUGGAAUAUAAAGAUGAAAUUGAAUACAGCUGUGAGGCAGAAUACACUCUUGUAGGCAACAAAUUUGUUGUUUGUCAGAAGGAUGGGAAAUACAGUUCACUUCCACAAUGCAAAGCCGAUUGUCCGGAACCUGUCCUGAAGGGUCCAGUUGUGUUAAAAAACUCUCCUACUCUGAAUAAAAUGUUUCUUCAUGGAUCUGAAGUCACUCUGGAGUGUGCUACUGGCAAGAUUCAGGGUUCUAACUCCAUCACAUGUAACAAUGGUAAAUGGAACAAACAAGAGCUGAGAUGUGAAAAGAGUGAGGACGAUAAAAGAGGGACCUUUUUUCAGGAUACUUGGAUAUUUAAAGUCGUUGUUGUUGUUUUUGGAGUCAUUGCACUUGUAUUUGUGUUUGUAUGCAUCUGGCUUCACCAGAAACAGAAAGGAUCAUAUGACACCAGGGAAGAAAAGAGGAUGAAAGAAGGAUUGAUGCAAGAAAACAGUUACUCUACUUCUCCCCAGUUCCGGUAUAAGGGCCCGUAAUCGCACUGUUCCUGUCUGCAAAUUUGCUUCUGAUCUUUGAAUUGUUCAGGAGUACAGUAUUACCUCAUGAAGAAGACCAAAAUAUUUUAUUUGCACAUAAUAUUAUGUAUAAGUUUGAUUUUUGUUUCCUUUUCUGAACGCUGCAGUUCUGAAUCUGUCUCCUGGGAAUUCCCUGUAUUUAAUAUCAGACAUUUUUUUUAGACUGAACUAACUUUGAGUUCAGUGACACAUUUCUUUCUGAAAUUCUAUUUAAGUGCUGGGAGCUCCUUGCACACUCCUUCAGAACUGAAAUGGGAACUCAGAGGGUUCUAUUUUCUCUUGUAUCAGACCAGACUACAAGCCUAAGACAGGUCAAAAUUAAUGUCACACUGUGCUCCUGUUCACAAGUGAAUCACUUGAAACAUGGACACAGAACAUCUUUUAUUUAGUCCCUCAUGUAGAAACUGAAUUGCACUGAAAUAAAGGCCUGCUUUGUGAGGAGGCCAGUGAUUAUUGAUGGCUAGACAACAAUAAACUUGGUCAAGCUUCCAAAUUAAUCAUAUAUCAAGGAAAGUCAGAAGCAAAACUCAUUCAGAUGCUGUUUUUUUUAGUCUAGAAUACACUUUAAGUCUGUAAGAGUAGAGACGUCAGAGCAAAAGAUUUAAUACAAUGCCUUAUAAGCACUUUAAAAAUGCACUGUGGCUAAUGGAUUUUGUAACUACUUUGAUGGUCAUGUCUUGUAAAUAUAUUUUUUAAUAAAAUUAUUUAGCCAAACCUUU